AUGGAAAUUUAUGAGGCAACAAAAAUCAGUGAAUCGAUACUAGAGGCAAAGAUAACAGGAUCUCCCAAAGUCGUCCUUUGGCUCAAGGACGGGCUUCCAGUGCGGAAGGGGCGCUUAUCCACAGUUGCAGAGACAAACUUAUUCGUAUUGACAAUUUUCCAGCUUGAGGAGUCUGAUCUCGGCGUUUUCGCUAUCGUCGCUGAGAACGAAUUCGGCCUGCACGAAGUGAAAAUGCUUAUUCUCGACGGAGAAGGGCACGAACAAAUGGACAGUAGGAACUUCGACAGCAACCAUAUACGAAGAUAUCAAUAUCUCCAUCUAAGAGACACAGAUACAAGCCAACGGAAGAAGGGGCCUGGUUUCAGGCUGAGACCAAAAGAUGUUAAGCUCGAUCCUGGCCAGCAGUUGCACCUGGUUACUAAAUUGAACGGCCACCCACCGCCGAAGUUGACGUGGGUCAAGAACAAUGUCGCACUUGAAGCUUCGGAUCGUAUCUCCAUUGAGUCUAACGGCGAAGACCUAACUUACAGUCUAACAAUCAACAAUGUUACCAAAGAGGACGCAGGACGAUACCAGUUGAAAGCGAGCAACCCUCUAGGUCGCCAACAACACAACCUCAUUGUAGAAGUUGGUGGUUUUACAGGAGACCUUUCACAACCGUCGUCUGCACUGGAAGAAACCGUUUUUAAAGUCAAAGUCGAUCCGACGAUACCUGCAGGCGCGGUCCCGCGUCUCCCGUCUGUUGGAUUUCUGCCAAAGCCAUCAACACAUGCGGGGCGUCGCUCAGAAGUCUCGCGGGUCAAACAAGAUGUCACACCAAGCAAUACAACAACAACGGAAAUCAAGGAAUCUCCCAAGCCUGUGCAUUCCUCAACUCCUCUCAAAACGGAGGAAAGAUUCAAAGCUCCUGAGCAUGCGUCUGUCCCUGAGCCAGAACCAGUCGAAUAUAAUGAAACACCAAAAUAUGAAUCUUCGGAAAAUUCGUCAAAAGAAUCAAGUCCUGCUUCACUUAGACAAAGAUCUCUUGAGCCAGAGCCGGAAAAAGAACAGGAACUUGACUCAGAACCAGAGCCAGAGUCAGAGGAAAAAGAGAGUCCUUCUGUUAGUGAAGAGUCCGCCGUUUCCGACAACGAUGAUGAAGAAGCAGAAAAACAGGAACAAAUUCCAGUUUCUAAAAGUGCUAUUAGAGUUUUACAGCCACUCGAAGACAUUGAGACAGAUAUCGAUGAAUACAUAAUGCUCCAAUGCGAGUUCGAUAGCGAAGCCGAAGUGGCAUGGACACUUGACGAAGGACCACUCCCGAGUUCGACUGUUAUUCGCCAAGUUGGGCAACUCGCUAAAAUUCGUAUUCGGCAGGUCACUAGCAAUGAUUUCGGGGAGUAUGUCGCUUCCGUUCAGGACUCUCGCGGUUCUUCUUUCACAAAAUGUACUCUCAGAAGAAAAGGAUCGCGAAAGCCAUCGACGAAAGAACAGCGAGUCGCUGUCGAAGAAAGCGCCAAUGAAACCUACGAAAACGGCGUGGAAGAAGACUCUGAAGUAAGAAAUCCUCCGGUUAUCUCAGAAUUAGAAGAUAUGACCAUAAAAGAAGGAGAUGACCUUCAGCUCGAAAUAAAUGUCAAUUCUCCAACAGGAUACGAUGUUAAUUGGCUUUACAACGAUCAGGUCUUCCAAGCCGAUGAUGAAAACAUGACUAUUAUUGAUAAGUAUGACGACCUCACCCGGCUUAUUCUGAAAGACGUCAACGAGGAGGAUUCGGGCGAUUAUGUUGUAAAAGUAACGAAUGAAUUUGGAACAUCUGAAUCGCAGUGCCGAGUUGACGUUAUUAUGUCAGCAGAACCCCCUAAGCUCUUAUCUGUGCCAGAUGAAGUUGACUGUCAAAUUGGAUCUCUUGUGCAAAUCGAAUUUUCAGCUGAGAACGCAACUCAUGCGACAUUGAUUGUAACAGACGAACAGAGAAUUACCGCUUCAAUUGAUGGACAUUCCGGAUUUGUAGAAUACGAAGCAUCUGAAGAUUCGCCAAACUACGCGGUGCUACUUCUUGUCGGCCCUGGCGGAGAAGUGGAACACAAGAUUAAUUUUAAUCUAAAAUCAGCAUCGAAAGCCCCAUACUUUACUGAGAGACUGCAUGAAACGACAGCGGAAGAAGGCGACAGCUUAUCACUUGAAGUAGCCGCAAGUGGCAAUCCGGAGCCAGAAUACUCCUGGUUCAAGGGCGAAAAAUGUCUAAGCAUCAGCAGUCCAAGAUUGCAGCUUGAUAACAUUAGCCAAGAUGACGCUGGGAGAUAUUCCGUUCAAAUAAGCAACUCAGCUGGAUCUGAUAAAUCAACCGCAACUGUGACUGUUAAUAAAAAGCCAGUAAAACCAUCAUUCACAAACUACCCAGAUAACCAAACUAGACACGCCGGUGCAAGUAUCGAUUUGGCUUGCUCUUUCGAUGGUAUUCCAGAACCUAGAGUCACCUGGUUUUUCGAGGAUGCAAAAAUUGAAUCAACCAGUGACAAUGGAUCAAGUGUGAUAAAAAUCAAGAACUUUGGUACCAAUGAUGUUGGAAGCUACACAAUCGAAGCCCAGAAUUCUGCAGGCAAAGCGAUGAAGAGCUUCUCUUUAGAAUUGAAAGAACCAUCAGUUGAAGAAGAAGAAACAGAUCACGAGCAGGUUGUUCCAUCAACGAGUUUAUCCUUUAUUGAGCCUCUUCAAGAUCUCAAAGUAGACGAUGGUAAAACUGGCGUAAGAUGGAGCGUGAAAACGUCGAACGUGGAUGCUAUCAAGUGGUUUGGGCCACUUGGAGAAAUUAACUUCGAUUCCGAUGACGCUGAGUUCAGACUCGAGUCAGAGGGAGAGCGAAGCCAAAGAACUUUUUCGCUCGUAUUCGAGGAAGUUUUCCCAGAUGACGGAGGAAAUUACAAGAUCGAAAUUUCAAAUGCACAAGAAACGUUAUCAUGCAGCGCAGAGCUGAAGGUGGUCCCGGUUGGAAUGGAGCCCAAAUUUAAUGUUCGACCGAAAAUUAAUGGCACCGUCAAUAUUGGAGAUCGAGUAUCCGUUAAAUGCGAAAUCGAGGCGGAUCCCAAGCCUGAAGUUAUUUGGAUUCUCGGAAAUAAGGAAAUCAAAAGAUCAUCAUCUGAGUACACAUUGAAGGAGGCCCAAAAGUCGGAUAACGUCAUCGAGUACACUUUGGAGAUUGCUUCCCUGAAGGCUAGCGAAAAGGGGAAAGCACAGGUGAAAGCCCAGAAUAUUAACGCCGAGCUUACCUGCCCAUUCACUAUCAUAAUAAACGAGGAAGCUUCUUCAAACACGGAUGACUUCCGUGGCAACCUCAAAACCAAUAAAACAGCUCCUCCCCGUUCCGAGCCCGUCGAGCCUGAGCCAGGCCAGAAAGAUUUCCGAACUCUGUUGAAGAAAUCAACAAAGACACCACCUGCUCCAAAGCCUACCAGUAAAGCAGGACAAAUUGACUUCAGAAAUCAGCUUAAAAAUAGCGUCCAAACUAAAGCUCUCACUCAAGAUGAAAUUCGUGCACACACAGGAGAACAAGUUGAUUUCAGAAAGUCAUUAAAAACGAAGGUCUCCACGAAGACUCUCGAACAAGAGGAUCUGAAAAAGAUGGCUCCUGAGCAAAAAGACUUCCGAGAAACCUUGAAGAAAAAGACAGAUUCUCCGAAAAUUGCCUCUCCUGAGCCCCCAGCGGCUAAGGAACCGUCGCCUUCACCAGAUACCUCAAAACGACCUCAAAUAAUAGAACCUCCAGCUAAAACAGUGGAAUGCAUUGUGGGUGAUCCUUUUAGAAUAGAAGUACAAAUAUCUGGCGCUGACAAAGUCACUUGGCUCUUGGGCCAAGACGAUGUCGAAGCCGAUCCCGAAGUUGGCGUCUAUCUUGAUGAAGACGGCGACUCAUAUUCGCUCAGGGUAGAAGAAAGUAUGAUGGAAGACCGAGGUCUGUACACUAUCAUUGCCGAGAACGAUCACGGCCAAGUCACUUGCAAAUCACGAGUUCUCGUCGUUGCCCAGUAA